CUUAAGUUACGUCUCCGUGAAGCAUUACUUAAGUACUCUGCAUUAUAAAGCAAUUUUCGUUUAAUAAAUUGAAUUACGAUAUUACAUAAUCUGAGAAUUGUCUCGAAAGGAUAACUUUUACUGCGCCUGAAAAUAAAUUGCCACUUUACGAGAACACCAUGGAGGAUAUGCAAGAAGAGACACAAUUUGUGGUGGACGACGUUAGUAAAAUUAUCAAGGAUGCAAUUGAAGUAUCGAUCGGAGGAAAUGCUUAUCAACAUAAUAAAGUGAAUCAAUGGACCUCGAAUGUUGUGGAAGGAUGUUUAGGAAAUCUAACGAAAUUGCAGAAACCAUACAAAUAUAUCGUAACUUGUACAAUUAUGCAAAAAAAUGGAGCUGGUUUGCAUACAGCUAGUUCGUGUUUUUGGGAUAAUGCUACUGAUGGCAGUUGUACAGUUCGCUGGGAGAACAAAACUAUGUAUUGCAUUGUUUCUGUCUUUGGCUUGGCGAUAUAAAUUUUCCUAUCAUAAUGGGUCUAGUCUACAAUGAAUCAAAGUAAUGGAAGGUAUCAUAACUUAUGAAUGAUAUUAUUUGGGGAAGUAUGAGAACGGAGACAGUAAGUGAUGAAAGAGCAGUUAGAAGAUAAUAUCUGAUUUGGAAUAUUUUUUGCGCUCUAAAAUUAUAAAAGUAAUAUACAUAUAUGUUUUAAUUAUUUUUCACAUGUGAAAUAAUAAAAUAUGUUAAAUAUUAAUGUAAAACAUUUGGUGCUCUUCUACUGACAUGAGUUAAGACACAUUUUUGAAGUUAAUGAUUUUUAUCUCAUUCCAAUUUUUGUAGAAUUUAUGUGUCAAUAUUAACAACGAAUAUAUGUAACCGUGCAGUGUAUUUGAGUUAUGUUUAAAUAUUAUUUUUUCUCACUAUAAUUAUUAUAACAUACAGAAAAGAUUGUUAGAGCAAGAGAAUUUAUUGAUUAGAAAAAAGAACAAAAUAAGAAAUUCAAUCCAACAGUUUAAUUUAUCUGUUCAUCAUUAUUUCUUUACACUAAAUUCAGAUACACUGUACAUCAAAAGAUAUAGCAUAUUCUCAUUCAUUAAUUUUGCAUAAGACAACAGCAUGUAAUGAGUGAAGAUUUUGUCAUUAUACAUUAGUUUCUUAUUGUCAUUAUUUUCCCAGUGAUUAUUUAAGUGCAAGUAAAAAUGUAAAUAUUUUAUGAACCAUAAUCAAAGCUUUGUUGUCUUCUUGCCAACUCUACGUGGAUGAGAAUAUGUUGAACGGAAAGUGGAAGCAACGUAAUAAAGCAACGAUGUAGUACAUUUGUUAGUAGGAACUCUUUGAUCGAAUUUUUAUUUAUCAGCAAUAUAAACAUGAUACACUUAUAAUUAACUCUUUCGGCCUAGUAAUUAUGUUUUUCGUAUCAUGUGUCAUUUUUAAAAUAUGAAACAAAUAAGAUGGUUGGUAAGUGUACUUAUUUAAGUUGUCAAACAUUAAUUAUGUCAUUAAUACUUUAAGUGUGUAUAUUUAUUAAUUAAUGUUUUAGUGAAAAACCACAAAAAUAUAGAGUUGUGCACUAUGAUGAGAACAUUCUUGCCGAACGGGUUAAUUAUGCUUUUGCUAUAAUGUUCAGUUAGUUAAUAAAAAAAGACAAGCGCCUCUGGCAUCAAUCGCUACUUUUAAAAUAUAACGUAUUUAAAAUUAAGAUUUCUUUAACAAGAUCAGAUGAAAGUUUGUAAGCCUCUUCUAUAAAAUUAGUAAGCACCAUAAAAAAGUGUAUUUUUAACAUAAUUGACCUAUAUUGAUCAAAUAAAUAGUUUCUGCACCUAAAAA